AUGCGCCGCCUACAUCUCAUCGCGACCGUCGCCGCCGGGAUCCUAGCCACCACCGCCCACGCGGCGCCAGGCAUCUCCCCCCCCGCGCACCAGGAACGCGCCGGCGACCUCGCCUGCCCUGCCGUACCCGCGCCGGCGCGCUUCGUCAAGACCGUCACCGUCGACGUGACCGUGUGCGUCGCGCCGGCUCCUCCACCCACGCCGGAGCCUUGCCCGGACGGCACGACGUGGGUCGCCGCGCCGGACGGCAAGGACAAGCACGCGGAGGAAGUGACGGUGGUCACGUCUACCACGACGAGCGUGGUGACGGUGUUUGUCGUCCCGGAGGCCAAGGUCACGCCGCCGCCUACACCGGGGCCGGAGGAGGCGGGCCCGGAGUGUCCGGCGGGGUGA